GGUGUACGACCACUAGGAAGCGGCCUCUUGCGUCAACAGGGCUAAAAGCGGUAUAAAACGGAGCAUUUGCAAACUUUCUUGACACGGACGGCACUUCUUAAGUCACAUGUAUGCGCUGAGAGGUCACAGCGAGAAUUUCAGCUGCUGGCGAGCCCUAAUAACCGAGCUUCAUGCAUCUGCUGCAUAAGCCGGGCUAAAAGGCUGCGGCCAAGCGCUAUGGUGCCUCGCGAUCGUUUGUGGGAGCGCCGAGACGCGCUACCGCCGGCCCGGCACUGCGCAGCGGCCUCAGGAAUCGCACCGAGACAACUCGACGCCGCGUCGAGGUCGACACGCGCACGAAUAGCACCUCUUGUGCCACACAGGUAAAAAAAAAGAUGCUGCGAAGGGUCCUCCUCGCGCUCGUCGCGGGCGCCGCGGCGCUCUCCGCGCCGAAAACGCGCCCACAAAUCAAGGUCGCGCCCGCCGUCGCCGCCGCCGCCGCCGCGCUCGCGCCGGCCGCCGCGCUCGCCGACGUGAGCUUCGUCGAGGAGGUCGAGGGCGUCGCGCUCGGCUUAUUGCCGCUCGCGGGCAUCGCGGCCAUCGUCGGCGGCGGCGCCAUCGCCAAGCUCGGCCCGUCGCUCGAGAAGGCUGGGAAGAUGAAGCGCACGCUCGCGCUCGAGUACUCGGCGCAGAAGCGCUUCACGAAGAUGGACAAGCUCGACAUCAAGGCGUAGAUUUGCUAAGUAUUGCUGUUUCGAAAAA